UUUCCUCAAAGCAGACAGACAUGUCGCGCUUCACUGCCUUUCUGGCGUACAGCGCAGUUGCCUCGCUCAUCUACACCGCCCUCCUGUUCAAUCUGCUGCCGCUGCCUGGCGUGUCACGGGAAGUCAAGGAGGACCUGCUGCCUGUGGUACCCUGGUGGACACUCGUCUCCUUUGGCUCCUAUCUCUUGUGGCAGGUAGGUUGGGCCCUGUUCAACUUCAACGACGUACCCGAAGCCUACGAGAGUUUGAUGGUGGAUAUCAAGAACGCAAAGGACUUUUUGAGGGAAAGAGGAGUGGAUGUAGACUCGUAGCACUGCGCUGCAGCAAUGCACAGUAUUGUACACUACCAGGGAAUGAACGAAUCGCAAAGAUCACGGCUCUUGACUGGACCAGCGACAUGACAGCGACGAAGCCGCACACGUGAGGCUGUGCCCAUCUAUGCGUGAAGAUGGAUAGAUAUACAGUCCAAAGGUGACCUUCAUUAAUCUACAAGUCUGCUCCUUUGCGGCC